UUGUUGUGGUAGGUCUAACUAACCUAACCUGUCAAAAUGGUGAUCGCAGCAUUUCCAAUAGCAAAAUUAGGUGCUUUAUUAUUAAAACAGCUUAGUAAACCAAUUGCUAAUUAUGCUAAAGAAAGAGCAAAACAUCAUCCCAUCUUCAGGAAAUACGUUUGCAUGCCUCCAGCACAGUUUUACAAUUGGUGUGAGGUGAAGAUGAAGAUGUGGGUUCUUAAUCUCGGUAAACCUGUCUCAGUACCACCCCUCAACGAACAAAUGGCAAUAGAAUUAGGCGCCAACUUAUUGGGUGAAACCAUUAUCUUCACAAUGGCUGCUGGUAUUCUGGUUGCGGAAUACAGUAGACAAGUGCGCAAGGAGGCUGCCAAGGAGACCAAAAGGCAAGAGGAGAUCGAUAACAUGUGCUCUCGACUUGACGAACUCUACUUCCAAACACAGGAGCAACGUGCUCAAAUCUACGAACUUACGCGAUCACUGUACGAUCUGGAAGUCAAAGUGAAGAAAGUCAAAAAGCCCCCUCCACCUCCUCCUCCACCGCCACCAGCAUUCCCAACACAUGUUCAUCCGACAAAGGAUAAUCAGCCUAUUACUCCGCAAAUACCAGAACCUGUUGUCAACCCUGUCAGUAAUAAUAGUCAUUCAAAUCUAGGUAUCAUAUCUAAAGCUUUAAACUAUAUUAAUACAGAUGUAUUAGCUCUUAGCGCAGUAGGACCUGUCAAUGAUUACCGAUAUCCAAUUUACCCGCAGCGGUCAUAAUGAUGAAGUAAGUACUUGACUGUUAAAUGAUGACUAAUAAUCAGUUUUUCUGUAUGUUGGUUGUCAAUGUUAUACUCAAAACAGAGUUGCGACAGGAUAAAUGUGAGCUGUUGCCUUUUUCUGACGAGUAGCAUGCAAUAUUCAUUGUGCUCAGAGUGCCUCAUUUCUGAAUAAGUCUGUUACCUUGGGCAGAUAAUUUUAUUCGAGACUUUUUUUCUAAGACUAGUCGUAGAGAUCAAAGAGACUACUUUUGCAACACAAUGAAUAUAUUCUGGGCAAUUAGACCCUUGAACUGUGGUAAAUUUUUUUUAGUUUUUAAAUAUGGUACGGUACACUUUUUCCUUUUUGAUUAUAAUCCGCGUUCAGAAAGUUAUGAUAGAGUAUUUUAAGACUAGAUUUCGUACAUAAAUAUGUACUUUGUUUCACAGGGAAAAGCUUAAGCAUACUCUUGAAUCAGCAAUCUUGUGCACUGUGAAAUAGUAAGUAACAAAACGACGGUGGAACUGGAAAAACACUUAUCUCAGUUUGUGAUGGUGUGGAUGUCCUUUCUCAAUUUAUUUUUCAUAUGGUAAAAUACACAACAUCAUUUCUUUAAAAUUUUCCUGAUUUUUCUGUUUGAAAAAUAUACCAUGAAAAUUAUCUCAAGCAAUAGUGUUGGGUCCUUCUCCUUUGAUCAAAUUUUGGAGUGGGUAUUUUAAAACACCGCAAACUAGGUUUGCGUUUUUGCAAUUUCACCCUUAAAAUGCGAAAAACAUCCCUGUUAAGAAUCUUUAAUACCUUGUGAAGAUCACCCUAGCUUCAUAGAAUAUUGCUUGAAUUUUGAUGAGUAUCAGAUGAGAAAUUGAUUCAUUGAAUUUUGAAGCUUUGAAAUUCUCUGUUUUGAUCAGUAUUGAACUCAAGCAUGAAAUGAGAACAAAAAUGUUUAAACCAUUAAUUUCAUUUGAUGAAAAUUAAUAUAUCAUUUCAAAGUGAGCAGUUUUAGCUUACGAAUUGAAAGGCAAUCCUCUGCCGAAAUAACUAUUUUAUUUCAUCAAAUAAGUGUUUCUCCAAAGUUGAGUAAAUGCUCCAAAAAAUUUUUGGUCUAAAUUGAUACUUCAGAAAAUUCUGGAUCAGAAAGGACUAACAAAAUUUCUGUGGGGAAACCCAACUUUUUUAAUAUCAUUCUACCUUGAAGAAACCAACUGAUUCUGUCUUAUUGUAGAUGAUGCACUCAUUAUUUGAUACUCAUCAUGAGCACCAAGUCACUGAAAAUUUAAACACUCCAUGCUCAUACAAUUUUCACUCUUUUUCCUGUCUCUAGCCUCUUGCCCUUAGUGCUUACUGUUGCCAAAGUGUCAGUCCGGUAAUACUGAUACAAAAGGUGUCAGAUGCAAUUAUACAUCGCUAGUUCAGAAACAGAAAGUUGUGUGAAGGAAAGAGCGUCAUGUGAACGUAUGAUUGUUUGUAAAUUUUUCCGUCAAUACUGUUGAAAAGCAGUCUAAAUUUCGUUUUUAAGAAUCGCUUAGGAUGAGAGUAGCACUGUUAUCUCUGCCCAAGAUCUGAUUUUUACAGUCAAUUGAAGUCAAAAUUUGUCUGUAUUUUAGUGUCUUCCAAAAAGAAGUACUUACCUUUUCCCUUAUUUUUUCUGACCGUUUUUUUUUGUUCCAAAGUAGUUUCAUUCUUUGAACUAUCAAAGAUCAAAUGAGACAUACAUCUUUUACAUCUUGUUGUAAGAUUAAUGGUUUAUUUUGGGUUCAAUCAGACAGUGGAGGUGAACUAGAAAACCUUGCAGCUAAGUUUGCCAUGGUCAAAACUUCUUGCCCCUUUUUACUUAACAACUUUCACUUCCUACGCUAAACCUGUAUGACAUGAUUUUAAGUUAAAAUAGCAAUUUUAGUUCAAAAAUCGCAAGUCUAUCAUCAUUUUUACUGUGUGCCAUUAACGUUACAAACUUUCCUCCUCUUACGUUGAAACUUGAAGAAGUAAAAGUUAAGUCGGUAAAAAAAUUAACUAGUGUCAGAACUUUUUUUUAACAUUUAUAUUUAAUACUUAUAUUCACAAACGAAGUCUAGUAGACAAUAAAUUUUGAUCUUCCAUCCUGAUGUUCAUCUUGCCCGUAUUUUCAAGUAUUUCAAUCAUCACUUCAAGUUAUGGUAUCGAUUUUGGAAUAAGUCCGAGAUCACCGAGAGAAUAAGGUGGUACUUCGCUCUUGAUUGGUUGCAAGGGUGGCUGCUCUUUGCUGAAACAGUUAUGCAGUGAAAAUGUAUAGCACGCUCUUCACAAGUCAAAAUCUUAAAUUAUGUGACCUUUUCGACACAUGUACGUCAAAGCCGCAUUCAAAGCAGAACAAAACGGAAUAUCUAGUCAUCUUGAGAAUCGGUCAGGCAUUCAUUCAGAACUUUUAAGGUUUUCGCAGUCACAACAUGUGUUUUCAUGGUAACUGCAUUUAGUACUUACUGAUCGUUAUCAAUGGAUAAGCUGCCCAAAUUAAUAUGGUGAAUUUAAGAGAAAAUAAUAGAGAUGAAGGCCAAAUCACCAGUCAGAAGUCAAGAUAAUUUCCUUUUGAAAAUUAUUUAUAUUCUAACUUUGUUUAAGUUUUUUUUUUGAUCUCAAUGUAGUCAGAUUUGAUGAUUUCACUUUUUUGAAUACUUUUUUGCGGCUUAAUUUUAUCUUUCAUGAUGAAAAAGGAAAGUGCUCCUCCUUUUCUCAUUCACACCUACAAAAAUAGAAAUCGUUGUUUUUUUGUAGUCAAAUGGGCUGCAUUUUUGGCAUGGUUUAAAUUGUUUACUCACGUUCGAUAAGUACUGAGAGCUCUGUCUUGCGGGACCUCAACUACUUCAAAUAUGUCGAGCAAAGUUCGUAAUAAUGUGCCUCUCUUGUGCACAUUCAGAGCCUGAUCCUUUGUGGGUUCUUGUUGAAUCUGCAGAAGAAUUGGAAAUGAAGUUUUUUGAUUAAGUUCAUUGCUUAUUAUUUCUUAUUUCCUGUAAUUGAAGGCACUGCAUUUGAGACGCGGAACUCCCACAGUGUGCCAUUAGUGCAGUACCUUCAUUCUUCACUACAAAAUUCUUUUCUCUUGUUUUGAAUGUAAGCUUGCUCAAACGAGUGGAAAAUUACCAUAACCUUUCUGCCAUUUUGAGUACUCAAUUGAACUAUUUAUCUAUGAAAAUGGCCUUCAAGUGAAAAACUUCAGGAGUCUGGAAGAUUUUACAAAAGAACAGUUCAAGGAGAUUUGAUUCUUAGUUUCCUAUGAAAAUAAUUCUUCAUUUCCCCUCAACUAAGUCUAAAUCAAGUUUUUAAUUGGAAGCCCUUGUUCCUCAUGAUUAUUUAUGAGCUUUUUCAUUUGUAUUUUGUUAUUGUUUUUUUUUAUUUUUUUUUUAAAGAACGCGUUAAGUUUUAGUACUUAUACUUUUUUGGUCAUAAGAGAGGAUGGAGAAACUGAAAAGAUUUGGAGCACUGACAUCUAUUUUUUAUUUAGUCUCUUCAGUGUUUUUCGGCGGCUCUAAAUUUUUUUCUGAAAAAAGUCUCUUAAAAAUUGUUUUUCUCCAAGAACUAGGAGGGUAGUCUUAUGAUGAGAUUUUUUAACAGUUACCUAACUUGUAAUCCUCCAUUUGUAAAAUAUUUUUCUUUGUUAUGAUUGAUAAGAAUGAAAUUGGAACUGAAAGUAAUUGUGUAAAUAAAAUGCCUCUCUGUGCAAAUGUGGAA